CGAACCGACACGCGUUCGUUUGUUUUGACCGCGUUUCUCCGUCUCUCUUCCUCUCAGUUUCAGCUGGUUGCCGAUCUGUUCCACGACAAGGACGACGUCGUCCCCCCAAAGUCCUCCAGAGUGAACGUCCGGGCUGCCAAGUCCACCCCCAAAGCUCCCAACAAAGACCACCGCAAGACUGUGGGACAUCAGUUCCGCAGCUCCCUGCAGCUCCUCAUGGAGACUCUGAAUGCGACGACUCCUCACUACGUCCGCUGCAUCAAACCCAACGACUACAAGGAGGCCUUCUCGUGAGUCCAACUGUCCCUCUGUCUCUGUCCCUCUGUCUGUCCCUCCUUCUGUCCCUGUAUCUGUGCCUACCUCUGUCU